UCCUCGUCGCGCAGCUCUUCCCGCUCCUCGGACUGCAAGGUGUAUGUGGGUGACCUGGGGAAUGGGGCAGCAAAGGGGGAGCUGGAGAGAGCCUUCAGCUACUACGGGCCUCUGCGCACGGUGUGGGUGGCGAGGAACCCGCCCGGCUUCGCCUUCGUGGAGUACGAGGACCCACGAGACGCCGAGGACGCUGUGAAGGGCAUGGACGGGAAGGUGCUGUGCGGCUCUCGGAUCCGCGUGGAGCUGUCCACUGGCAUGUCCCGGAAGACCCGGUAUGGGAGGCCCAGCCGGCGCCACUUCGACCCGAACGACCGGUGCUAUCAGUGCGGAGAGCGGGGCCACUAUGCCUAUGACUGCUACCGCUACAACAACAAGAGAGGGGGACGGCGCAGCAGAUCCCAUUCUAGAUCCCGAUCUCGCUCUAGAUCCCGUUCUAGAGGGCGUCGCAACAAUCGUUCUCGUAGCCGCAGCAACGUAAUCGCUGUCUCUGACUCUCCCAGCAGGUAUCGCUCUCCCUCUUACUCCAAGCGCAGGAGCAGGGGGGAGUCCAGACCGAGAGGGCCUGCUAGGAAGUCUCGUAGCCCAGUAAGAAGUCGAUCGAGGUCUCGCUCUGCGCGCUCAGUGUCACGUUCCCGGGCGCGCUCUGCAUCUCGUUCCCGGGCCCGCUCGCCAUCCCGCUCCAGGUCCAGGUCACGCUCCAGAUCACGAACACCCAGACGAUCCCCCAGCCCCAAACGAGCAAGCCGUUCCAGAUCUCCCAGCCAGAAGAAAAGCCCCAGUCCCAUAGUGGCUGAGUGAAGAGUUGACGGCCUGUUGGCAGAAACAUGUUUUAAUUGUAAUUUUUAAUUUUGUUUUGAGGUGGGGUUUUUUUUGUGUGUUCUCCCCAAAAUCUUGGACUCCCCCUUUUCACAUUCCAUGGCUCCUUUUAUUUAAUUUUGUCAAGAGAAAAAAAAAUAACCAGGCGCUUGACUAAUUUCUACACACAAACACAAAUGUUUAAUUUUAUGGGUGGUAUUUUUUUUUUCUGUAUUUGUGUAGAUAUUUAUGCAGAGAGUAUGUACAACUGAAGCCAACGAUCUCCGCUCGUUUCUGCUGUUGGUAUUGAAGCUGUAACCUGGCAAGAAUUGUUAACUCUUCUGUAGAGCUCUUGCAGGCUCAGUUAGACAGGAUUUAGGGUAGCUGUUAUUCUGAACAGUGUCGCUAUGAAAGUUCUGCCAUGAUAACUGACCAGAACCAUGUUAUGAGGUGGGGGGGGGCGAUUCUUUUACAGGAACGACAGUGGUCUGUGCCGUUAGUUGUUGCCGGUCUGUGAAGUAAAAACAUUAGAUUUCCGUGUGCGAGGAGGAAUAAUGGAAAUGAAAAAUCUUUCCAGAACCACAGCUUCCCAGUUUAGAAAUUCUCCUUGGGAAGAACUUUAUUUUUGGUGUGUGUGGGGGGGGGGGGGCUUGAGACAGUAAUUGAGAGAAUAUACUGAACCAAUAAAUUUUUUUUGUUAAGUUUGUGUUUUUUUUUGUAAUCUCCUGGAAAUCCCUCCUCAUGGAGCCUUUCCAAGUUUACAUCUUGUAUUUGGUUGGAAAUGUUGUGUGUUUUUUUUUUUUUUUUUAAACCCCUGAAGGUACACAAGGAAUCGAGCUCUUGUUCAGGUUCUCCUUAAAAUAGUAUCACGUGGAGGAAACUGACAAUUCGGAUGACCGGAUCCAAUCCGCCAGUAACAUUUUAAAACCAUUUCCUGCACCUCCUGGCAAAAAAAACUUACAAUGGUUUCAUUAGACACUGAUUUUGGGGGGUAGAGCAGAGAAGCGUCUGUUUGCAGGAGUCUGUGCAUCAGUCUAGAGCUGCUCUGUCACUAUCCCCAGUGCAGAUGUAAACUUGGCUGUGCUUCUAGUUUAAAUCUGCAAAGGGAGUAGUGUUUUGGCUGGUAACUACUUGCAUGUAUUGAGUAUAAUGACGUCUACAUCAAUGUAUUGUUUUCCCUUCCUGAAAAUGACGUUACACGGGGGGGGGGGGUGUUAAUCAGAAAUUUUAACUUUAGUUUUUUCGGUUUUAGUUGAAAGAUUCUCAAUGUUAGUUGUACAGUAUGUGUUUUUUUUUUUUUUAGGGUUUUUUUUUGCUUGCUUAAUUAUUCCAUUGCAUUUAAUACAUUGAGUUCCAGUUGAAAAAGGCUUGCCACAUCCAUUUCUCUCACAAGUCUGUCCUUUGGAUGCAACGGACUUCAUAGCAUUUCAAUAUGCCACUUUUUUUAAAUUCUGAUCUUGGUUUUGUUCCCUUUCAACAUUGUCAUGAAUAUAAUGAGAACAAAUGAUUUUUUUUUCCCCAAAAAUAAAUUGGGUUAUUUUUAUUAUUUUUUUUACGGGGGGGGGGGGGGGGGGGGGUUACUCUUUGCAGAGCGAUAAAGCUAUUGAUAAUAAUACAUAAAUUGUGGGUUCCUCUUGAAGUGAUUUUUGGGGGCUGGAGUGGACAGUGUCACAAUCAGACAUGUGUCCCCAGCUUUCACUCAUGUUAACAGAUUUCAUUAAAAAAAUAAAUAAAUGAAGAGACCCCUUUUUUAAAUUUUA